AAUAUGGGGUGGGAGCAGGAGAUUGGGACCAGGAGAUAGUACCAGUUUGUGAGUCUUGAGAAGAUUUGUAGCUCAGGUUGAGGUGCUGAAUGUAGGUUUGCUCGCUGAGCUGGAAGGUUCGGUUUCAGACGUUUCACACAGUACCAGUGCAGGCACAAUGGGCUGAAUGGCCUCCUUCUGCACUAAAACAAUUCUGUGAAUCUAUAAACACAGAUUAAUGCUCAGGACAUCACAGCUUAGGAACAAUAUCAAAGCAUGGGAGAAGAUGCAGAGAUUUAUUAGAAUGGUACCAGGGACGAGUGAUUUUAGUAAGGACACGGGGGUAAAUAAAAUGCGGAUAACUCUUGGAGCAGAGAAAUCUAAGGGGUGAUUUAAUACUGGUGUGUGUAAUGAAGACAGCAGGUAGGGACAGGCGGAUCAAUAGCGAGAGGAAACUGGUUUAAUCUGAUUGAUGAGCAGAAGGGAAAUCUUUAAAGACAGUGAGUUAUCGAUAAAUGUACUGGCUGAGGGGGCAGUGUAAUAGUAACAUACAAAGUUAUUAUUGAAUGUAGCAGUAUAGACACUACAAGGAAAUCUUCAUAGAUCUGUAGGGAAAGAGGCAGAUUUGAUGAGUUGACAAUAAUAUGAUUGACCAAAGAAGCUCAGUUUAUGCUGGCUAAUUCUAGUCAUUGUACUCAAUCUGCCAUUGGUGUCAAUCCUAUACUGAUCAAAUCUCAUUGAUUUGCAGAGAACACAGGAAAAUAAGACUCUUAUUAGGUGAGGAGGGCAAUCAUUGACUUGAGGCAAGACAUAAGCAAAAAGGCAUAGCCUGUAUAACACCUGGAUCAGGCGAGAGGAGCAAGUAAUGACACAGGUCAACCCGGAAUGUAUGUCUAAUUAAAAAAGGCUCAAAUAAUCUGCCUACAUCAAACUACAACCAAAUUAGACCGUGUUGUGACUUUAUUACAAUUAAAGUAUAUGACACUGAAUUUUUUUUAAAAUUCUAAACAGUGCCCAGACUAUGUCUCAGUGCCAUAAAGAGUUUUACAAUGACUUGAAGGGUUUUACAUAAAUGCAAAGUUAAAAAUCACACAACACCAGGUUAUAGUCCAACAGGUUUAUUUGGAAGCACUUGCUUUCGGAGCACUGCUCCUUCAUCAGGACGAAGGAGCAGGCUAUGACCCUGCCAACCGUUUGCUGAGCUUUCAAUGUACUGGCGGCUGAAAUAGCUGUAGCCAAUUUGUUUGUGAGAAGCGAGCUACCUUAUGAAGGUCCACCUGCUGUCUGGAGAACUGGUGAGAGAACCUACAGUGCCUCCUGCUGGUAGUAAAUGGCCUUUGGUGGGCCUUUUCUGGAUUGGGGAAUGGACAAUCAACCGUCAAGAGCUGCCUGACCAUCAGCAGCCUCUUCAGGGCCUCAACUGGUGCAGAGGCUGGGGGAUGUCCUCCAUAUCUGGAGGAGACAGAAAGGCAGUGGGGAACUUGCAUACCACCCUAAGUACCCUCCCUGCCUCCAAACACAAUAACAUUACUCCCCAGCCCAAGUGAAAAGCUUGUUGCUUUUCAAUCAAAUGGAUAAACUCUGGUUAACAGCAAUUGGUAAAAGAAAUUAACAAAGGAAAUAAUGAAUUUGGUGAGGAGAGAUUUGAUAAUCCAAGCCUCAUUGAUACUGGGAUUAGUAAGCUUGUAGAUCCUCACUAUAAAGUCAUACAGCACUGAUCCUCUGCUACAUUGAAUUUGGAAUAAUUAGACGAGUUCAAUGAAUUUGAAAACUGUUGAAGACAGGAUAUGAUUUGAAUGUAUCAGGACUUUAUUGGUGCAGUGGUGGUGUCCCUAACUCAGAACCAGGAGGCCUGGGUUCAAAUCCCAUGUGUUACCUCCAGGAGAUACACCACAACAUUUCUGAACAAAUUGAUUAAAAACACCUAGUAACAAUUCUUCAUGUGCUCUUGUUGUAGUGUCCCUACCCCUGGGCCAGGAGAUUUAGGUACAAGUUCCACCUGCUCCAGAGGGGUGUCAAAGCACAUCUGAACAGGCAGAUUAAAGUAUACAUGAUUGAGAGUGAUAUUCAAAGUGCUGGAUUUUAAAUUAAGACCUGGAUCAUGAUAAUCCUCUGAUCGGUUUGGCACUAGAACACGACACAGGAACAUGAUUUGAAGAAGCUGCAAUUUGUUGCAAAUCUCCACUGUGUGCUGGCUCAUGGUGACUUAAUGGAGAUUUUCUAUAAUUAACGUUGAAUACAGUAAUACAAAAGAAUGGGAUAAAAAAAUGCAUUGUGCUGAUCAAAAUCCAACUAUAAACAAGGAGGAUUUCUGCAGGGAUUGUCUCAGUAGAAGGAGACAAGUAAAAGAUCAUGGCUACAAUUUAUUCUGGGAUUCAUUUAAAGCUAAAGAGUGCAAAGACCCCAUGGGAAGACAAGCUAAAACUGGCUCGAUUUGCCUGGAUUUCUCACCAGUGUUUUCUGCCCAACAAGGAGCAGGUUUUAGUGGAUUGGGUAAGUCGUGCAUUGACUGGCUAUUACAGUAAAAAGCUACAGUUUGGAGAUGAAAUUCUGGAGGGUCUCUGGAUUUAUCUGGAUGAUAUUCUUCAUAGCAAAAAGUUGCAGAAACUGAUUGAGAAAGGGAAGAUUAUCACUCUUCAUGCCACCAUUGCACAGAUUAUAAAUGAUCGGAUUGAGGAACAUUCCAGCGAAGGACGACUGAAUGCCAGCCCAUCAAACCUAGCGACGGUGCUGAGCUGCUGUCAUGGUAUUCUGACCUCUCCUGCCUUCGCUCUCAUCUACAGCAGCAAGUGGGAGCUGCUGGUGGAUCUGCUGUGCAGGCUGUCAGUGCUGCUGUGCUCGAGGUUAAAGCCGACGGAGGCCCUGCGCUCUACGCAGCUCUUCGACGUCCUCCUGCUGGCAUUUGACCUGUACCUCGUCACUCAGAGGCAGCAGUGCAACCGGUGCCGGGUCUUCCUGCAGGUCUGCAGCCCCCUCCUGCAGCCCUUUCUGCUCCUGAGGCAGCGGCUGUGCUCGAGGUGCUGGACAGGCGAGGACGUGGCAGCCGUGCGGCAGCACCUCAGCAAGGAGGUGUGUCAGAGGAUCCAGACCGCCCUCCAGAGCGGCCUGUUCCACACCGAUCUCCUGAACUCUUACAGGCAAGAGCUGCUGCAAGACAACAGAUCGCAGGAAAAGACGGCUAGCUCAUCCAAGGACUUGGUAGCCCCUGUCGAAACAAUGCUGUCCAAGUUGACCGACACUAGCCUCUUUGGUCUGCAACUGCACUCCGCUGUCGUAGCGGGCUCAGUCCCGCUGCUCUACAGACUCUCUCUCGAGGCUUACUGCAGGGAGGGGAAUCAUCUGCUCUGUUUCCACAUUUUCGCCAGAUUCCUUGGCACCCUGGGCUUCCCUACACCAUUGGAUCAUGGAACUGGACAGGAGCCUGCAGACUGGAAUCCCGGGUUACUGGCCCUGGACCAGCUGCUGAACUCUAUCCUGGGCAGCGACGUCUACAAUGUCGCCGUGGACAAAAUCCGGUGUGGGGGAGUGCAGUUUGCCCUGUACUGCAGGGUGGCGGUAAUGUUGCUGUCCCACCCCCGUCAGGAGGCACCGGCCUGGUUCAGGUGCCUGAGGACAUUGAUCCUGCUGAAUCAUUUGAUCGUGGAGCCGAAUCUGGACGACCUGGUGUCGUUGGCGUGGGUGGACGCUGACAUCAGUGACCCGCGGGUCCGCAGAGCCCAGGAAUCGCUGCUGUGCACCCUCUUUGAAACGUACACCAAACUGCGGCAGCUGCCAAGGCUAUUCCAGGAGGUGUUGGCCAUCAUCUCUCGGCCAGCCGCAGAUGAAUUGAGGCGGCCCGUCCUGUGGGUUGGCCUCACUGAGAAGCUCCACGAAUGCCUAUUGAAGCUUCCGUCUGGUCAAGCCCUGGAUAUCUGGGACCUGAUGUUGAACUGUCUGGAAGCCUUCAUUCCGGAUCUAACCGGGAACGUGGACACGGCAUUGAAAGCUCUGGCGGUGAGCACUCUGCUGAACGCUGUCCUUUUCAACAUGAAGAGCCUGGACGACAAAACACCAGUGCCGAUCAUUACACGCACGCAGCGUCUGAUGGAUAAGACGAUGCGAGCGGUGGUGACACCUCUCUUUCGCGUGGUCAAGGACCCCUCUGGCAAAGACUCAUCCCCGUGGGCCCUGAGGGCUGAGAGCUCAGUCCUGAUCCUCCGCUCCACUUGGCUGGAGCUGGAUCACAUGUUGAGGUUGAACUGCAGCAAGUAUGUCUCGCCGGGAGACGCUGAGGCCGAGGUGUGGAGCCUUGGCAGCGGGCUCCCUCGGGAGGGCUGGAACGACGCGUUGAGCCGCCACUUCCUGCAGCUGCUGGCGAUCCAGGAAAUGAAGAGCGUCAUGAUGCGGCCCGGCUCGCGGACUGAGGCGCAGGAGAUGUCGCUGAGAUCCGCUGCGGUGUCUGUUGUGCAGUCGGGGAAGGACGCGGUCAAAAACGCCGGCGCCCAGGCCUGGGACGGGGAGAUCAGCUCCAUCGACGACGAAACGUAUGCCGUGGCGCACUGGCACCUGGUCACAUCGAACAUUGCCCUGCUGCUGCCCCAUCUCCCCGAGCCCGAGAUCGCCCACUUGGCAGACGUGGUGACGGCGAACCUGUUGCUGCGGGAGGCCGCGGAGCAGGAUCAAGACUCGGAAAACCAGGUUUCCAUCCCGGCGAUGUGCAGGAGCCUGCUCCGCAGCAGCCUGCUCCCGGAAAUGCCGCCACUGCACCAUGGCGUUUUACUGCGUCUAAUGGAAGGGGUGAGUGACCUGCUACCGGACACCAGGUUUAACCUGCCCAUGUGCCUCCUCAGUGAUGAUGUUGAUGCCAGUCAAGAGGCUGAUAACCAGCAGAGCAGCGUUUCUGAGUCACUGGGAUCCCAGCCCAUGUCCCCUCAACGGAGUUCACUUCUUAACAUUCCGAAUGUGCUGUUGGUUAAAAGCCCAUCGACCCACACCUUUUCCAAGACUCAACUGGAUCACCUCCUGUGGGUUUUAGACCUUCUUGGUGGCCUAAGGCUGGACAGCCUGCCCUGCUAUGACCACCUCCGUUGCUUUGUUCUGCUGGCGUCCCUGGUCACGGCCCUCAAGCCUAAACCGGAAAAGGCCAACGCUUCCAAAUGUCUGCAGGCGCUGAGUCGGUCCUACUCCCUCCUCGCCGUCCUGCAGACGGGCACCAGCCGGAACGCAGUCUUCAAACUGGCACACGCUGGCGACAUCCUGGAGAAGGUGACGGCCUCCCUGUUUCCGGCGGGCAGCAGGUUGGCCUCCUGCGCAGAGUAUCCGGCCUGGCCGGAGUUCCUGGACGCUGUCCAGAGGUUCCUGACUGUCUCCAUCCAGACCAUCGUUGAACGGAAGCAAAGCAUGCGACUGAACCUGGAGCAGUUUAUUGCUUUCCUCUCCAACGCCUGGCUAUCCUCAGCGAGAAGCAAGAAGUGGAGACCGGCGACUGAGCAGCUGCUCAUCACUGCCCUGUCGGCCUUGAGUCGGGUUGUCAUACAGGCCCCACUACAACCUGACAAGCACACGGGCAACUCUCUGCACUCCCUGCUCACCCAGCUCGCAGGGCUCCUGGGUCCAGUUCUUCAGUCCCAUUCGGACAGGGACGGAAGAUUAGAGCAGAAUCUGACUGUGUUUGGCAUUACUGCCCUCCUGGAAAUAGAAUUGUGCCUGAGAGAGGAGGAGGAGGGUGGUGCAGACCGGGAGGACGGCAGUGUGGUCCAUGAGAGAGGGAGUGGAGGCACACAGAGCUUGAAACACGCUGACUUGUACCAGAGGACAUGUUUUCAAGUUCUUCGCCGACUUCCCUCUUUCCCUGAUGAUCCAGAAUCACUCCAAAAGCAACUCGACUUUUUACGGAUCUACAGUUCAACCUCCGAGCUUUGCUCUGGCUGUGAUAACGAGACUGGCAUCCCCUCUGUUCUCAGUGCUCUAAAAGCCUUGCUCGCAGCUCCAAGGGUGACGCAGCAGUUCAUUCACUCGCUGGAAAUUCAUCUCGUCGAACUGCUCCACUGUUUCAUUGAUAGGUGUACACAGCAGCAGUUUUACCUCAUUGUAAAGUUCAUCGCACAGGGCCUUGAGGUCACCAACCUUUGGAAAGGACAGCAUCAGGAUGUGGUGUCGUCUUUGAACCUGACAGCCCUGCUCUUGAAAUGUCCCCUAAGUGGAGAUGUAGAAAAGGCUCUUUGGUUUAUAGCUCCUCAGAUCAUCAUGGCGCUAACGGUUUUGUGUAAGGAAGCAGCUCUGGAUCAGGCCGCGGGCUUUAGGAUCACUGUGCUCAGUUUGGAGACCUUGGCAAUUCUGGUCCAGCAGGGAGAAGGCAUUCUCUCGAACCCACAUCAUGUGACGCUUGCGUUUAAUGCUUUGUUGUGUGUUCCACUCGACCAUUUUCAGCUGGAUGAGUAUGGAUCUAUUUUUCGAGCCAUCCAGGAGGUGCUGUUUGCUAUAGUGCAGUCUCAGACUAAGGUUUUGUUUAAUGCAGCACCUACUUUCUUCAAGUGCUUUAACCGGCUGGUGCUUUCAGUUAUGCAUAAAGGGCGUCAGAAAUGUGUUGGCGAUAAAGGUGUGACGAAGAUCAGUGAAGUGGUCCUAGAAUGUGCACAUUUGGUGGAAAGGAUGUGCACUCACAUUGCGUCAAACGCAGAGAAAUUUGCAAUGUUCUCCUCCUUUGCAGUGGCAGAGUAUGUCAACGAGCUACAAAAGGUCACCCUCAACACAGAUGUGAAAAGACAUUUGACGGUGGGAAUCUAUCAUCUCCUGGAUCUAGUCACAGAGAGCGAUCUCCGGUUCCUCAAUACAUUAUUACAGACAGGCGUGAGGGAAGUGUUUAAGGAGUUGUACAACGAUUACACACACUACCACAAGAGUAAAAAACAAGGCGAGGAAAAAUACACAGCCUGAACUGCAAGGAACAAGCCACCUUUUGCUCUGCAGAUUUCCACCUCUUCAGUCUUGCCUACCAAGGCCCUAACCACUGUGGUAGUUCACCUUUAACCUGAGAGUGUUGGUGGGAAUCUCAGAUUUAACCAUUUCUUCAGCCCAGUGCCUAUUUCUGUGCUGCAAAAGGUCAACCUGGAAGGAAACCCAGCUAUUUCAAGCCCAAACGUCUGUCCAACUGAGGCUACGUCACCAGUUUUAAUUGCCCCGGUUGAAAUCAGCCAAAAUAUGGUUUACCAAGCUUCUCACUCAGCAUGCUUUUAAACAAUAUGAAAAUAACUGUGAUACGAUGAGGCAACUCCUCCCUCACCACUCCAUAAAACGGGGUAGUUCACUGGCAGUGUGGAUUAGCCAUCAAGUUCAAAGGCUCCUCACCAUAUCUGGGUGGAGGUUGCUAGAGCUGCUUGAUGUCAAAAUAAGGAAAAUGCUCCCUGAUGGCAAGGGCAGUUAUAUCCACUUACCUUCUGAAGAUUUUUGUCCAUAUUUGGCCUAAGGCUGUACCAGUCUUAGGAGAACCCAAACUGAGUGUCAACAAGCAGGUUCUUGUUGAAUAA